UUUACUCCUGGCCCUGAAGCCAAGGAGUCCUGCAGCAGCCAUCCCUUCAUUACUCAGCACCAGCAUGUCGUGUUUCGAAGACCUGCAAGGAGGCAGUCUCUCUUGCAGCUGCAAAGACAUAGAGAAAUACAGGAUGUAAGCUGGCAGAGUUUUGCUCGCCAGAAUCAAAUGACCCGAUCCUUGGUGUCUCGGUUAGGAAUCAUCAAGUCAUUGGAAGGUCACAGAGGUUGUGUUAACUGUAUCGAGUUCAACAGUGAGGGCAACUUACUGCUUUCUGGAUCUGAUGAUUACAAUAUCAUACUGUGGGACGUCUACCGUCAAAAGAGAAUAAAGACGCUACCAACUGGUCAUAGAGGCAACAUUUUUUCUGUCAAGUUUCUACCUCAAAGUGAAGAUCGUGUAGUCAUAUCAGGUGCAGGGGAUGGAAAAAUAGAAGUUCGAGAGGUAGAGACGGGAGAUGUUACUCAGUUGUGUACAUGUCAUUGUGAACGGGUCAAGAGAAUAGCAACAGUACCUACAUUACCCAAUGCCUUUUUUUCUGCAUCUGAGGAUGGCACUGUAAUGUUAUAUGACAUGAGAGCCCCUCAUACAUGUAACUCGCAAACCAACAAUGUAUUGAUAAAUUUGAGGUGUCAUGCUGGUCGAACUGCUGAGUGCAAAUGCAUAACGGUUAAUCCUACAAAACCUGAGUUGUUAGCUGUUGGAGCAAGUGAUCCAUAUAUAAGAAUAUAUGAUAGGAGAAUGAUCAAGUUGACCAGUUUGCAAUAUCCCCCGGGUGGAACUAUGCGGAGUCAGUGGGAAAGAAGCAACUAUGCCACAAAUCAACUUGAUGCCUCAUCAGAUAACCUUCCCUCAGGAUGUGUUCAGUAUUUAGUUCCAGGUCAUCUACCAGAUAAGUUAAAGGAAUACUACAAACGAUAUCGGUCUCUUGCUACGACGUACCUGACAUACAGUGCAGAUGGCACUCAUCUUUUAGCAAACCUUGGAGGGGAGCAUAUUUACCUUUUCAAUAUGACAUCUCCACUUCAUCCUAGGAGUUAUGUUCCCCCUCCUCUGCCAAAGUUACACUCCAAGGAUGGUGACGGGCUUUCAAAUGGUGUCUGCAAGAGUAUAUCCUCAAAUACCAAUGGAAUUUCAAGUCAUCUCAGUAACGGAGAGAAAACAUCCUCUCCUCGUUUCCCUGUGUCUGCUCCCCUUCCUCCAAGAGCAGAAACUCUCAAGGCAAGAGCCAACCAAGCUUUUGCUGCAGAGAAUUACAUAACUGCUCUACAACUUUACAAUCAGGCCGCCCAGAUCUGUCCAAGUUCUGCAGUUUUAUACAGUAAUAGGGCAGCAGCUCUCAUGAAAAGAAAAUGGGAAGGUGAUAUUUAUGCUGCCCUCAAAGAUUGUUUCACGGCUCUAGAGAUUGAUCCGUAUCAUGUAAAAGCUCAUUUCAGGUUAGCUCGGUGUUUGCAUCAGCUUGGUCGUGAUCAGGAGGCCCAGAUCUGUUUAAAUGAAUUCAAGAAGCUGCAUCCAGAUCACAGUAAUUCUCCAGCGUGUACUGCCUUAGCCAAUGAGAUUGCAACUUCAUUAUGCCAACAAGACGGUAAAUUUGGGAAUAAUGAAGGUGAUAGUGAUGAUGAACAGUUAUUAGGAGGACCCUUUUCCUUGCCUACUCCAAGUCCGCAAGAACAAGAGUGGCGUUCCAGAGCUACGGAUUAUCACAAAUCUUACUGUGGGCAUUGUAAUACAACAACUGACAUCAAAGAGGCUGCAUUCCUUGGAAGGGAUGGCCAAUUCAUUGCUGCAGGGUCAGAUGAUGGGAACCUUUUCAUUUGGGAUCGGAACACAACUAAUCUUGUCCGUGUGCUCCCUGGGGAUGAAUCAAUUGUCAAUUGUGUCCAGCCGCAUCCACAUACGUGUCUUCUUGCUACUAGUGGCAUAGAAUCCGUCGUCAAGCUUUGGGCUCCUCUUCCACAGAUGGACAACGAAAGUGAGGCAAACGUUGAUGUAGAACAAGUUGCAAGAGCCAAUCAACAACGGAUGGGAGCAGAUCCUUUAGAAAUGAUGUUGCUACAUAUGGGUAGUAUGGCUCAUGGCAACAUUGCUCAUGUCUUUGGUGGGGGUGGCAGUGGUGAAGGAAGAGGAGGGCCAGGGCAAGGCAGUGAUAAUUCGCCAAGGGGUGACCCAUCACCUGAAGGUCCCAGUGAUCGCAACGUGGCAGAUGUUCAGUGCCGCACCAGCUGAGGUCAGAUAAGGGGUCUUCUCUUAGCAGAUAGCAGCAGCAGUCUCUUCAUAUACUAAACUGUGAUGGACUCUUGUCUAUGGUCAGAAUUCUGAAAAGACCUUUUGAAUCAUAUGUUCUUGUACAUUGUAUUAAUUAUAUUGAUUUUUAGGUUUUUAAAUAAAUACCAAAGAAUGACUUAGAGUACAGGGAUGGUGUUUCAGAUUCUUGGCCAUUGUUAGAAGAGCCCCUUUUAGGAUAGGAUUUAUAACAUUAUAUGGCAGUGUGAGGAAUUGUUUCAUUCUACAGUAUACCUAUGGUAUUCAGUGUAGGGCAUAAUCAUGCAUCAUUUGAAACCAAGAGUUUUUAUUAGUAUUGCAGAUCCCCAAAAUACCAGGUUUUUAAGCCUUACGGAAAUAUGUUGAUUUAGUAUAAAUUCCAAUAUGAAUUCCCUUAAUGUUGAUGAACCUGUAAAAGAGUCAGCUCCUGAAAGUGCCAAAAUUUAUUACAAAAUCAUGUUAUUCAAUGUGGCUCCAAAUUUAAAACAUUUUAAAUUUGUGUAAACAGAUUUGUAGACUCAUUCAUUUAUUGUUUAGUUGACAUUACUUUUUAUGUUAGUAUGUUAAGACACACUGGUCUUUGUUGAUGUCUCGUCAAGUGAGGUCCGGCCACCGUCUCCCUCCCUGCCAAGCUUGCAACAGUAGCUCUGUCAUUGUAUUGGGCUGCUAAGUAUAUUAGAUAUUUAUACUGGUGCUCUCUUAAGCAGUGGUUACAAGUUUAUCUUCACUGCUAAAGUUAUAUUUUGUAAAAAUUACUUUGAUAUGAGAAUGUUUACGAUGUGCUACAUAUGCAGCGACUGCCAAAAGUAUUUGUGUACAUGAUCUACUACUUGUACAUACAUGUAUAUGAUUGCAAUUACAGUACAUGUUUAGGUUCUUGGAAAUCCAUGAUAUAAAAAGUUUGAAGUAUGUGGAAUUUACAUAUCUUCGGUUGGAGGAGGUUUAGCAGAAAUGUAUACAUUUUGUGUAUUAUAUAUUCUUUAUUUUCUUUCAAUCUGCUGGUUUUUUCUUUCACUAGUUCUGUCUCUCUCUCUCUCCCCCCAUAUAAUAUGCAUUCUGUAUAUGUUGUACUAAAAGUCUUAAGUUUUGGAUUUGGCUCACAGGAAACCCAUCACUUACAAUUAACAUUUAGUUUGCUACAAAAGGCUAAUUAUGAGUGGUAGGUAUGUAAGAAAAAAUUUUAAAAAACUUUUAAAACUUUUUACUGGGUUUGUUGGUACAUUUCACUAUACAGUAAUAUAUAUACUGUAGAAAAAAGGGUUUCCAUUACAAUGGGGCCAGAUGCUAAAGAAAUUUACUAAUGUAAACCUUGAUCAGUCCAUGCAGAGUUGUGCUUGCUUCUGCCUUUAUCAAAUUCACAUCCUUGUUUUGUAAAAUAUACGUAUUUUUGCCUUUGUUAAACUGCUUUUUCUCAUAUUUUUAUUUUCAAAAGUUUUCUUGUGCAUAUUUCUUCACCAGCAUUGUAUAUAUACAUAAACUGUACGUGUGCUUGUCCGUUAAUUACACAUAACAGUGAAAGAUUG